AUGAUUCUCCAGCGUGGUCAGCUCGACUUCAAUAGCAGCCUAGUCCUCGCUACCAUUGAUGCUCUGAAAAAAGCAGGAUGUAUUCAAGCCCAACUCAGAGAUCCGCAACCUCGGUUCCGUGCUUGUCACAUUUAUCCGAUGGAGGCUCGACGUGUUCUGUGGCGGCGUCUCCUUUUUCAGUAUCUACGACGAGAAAUCCAACGUCAAAUUUACAGUUCUCAUGACUUUGAGAAAGAUUAUAGACAGAUCAAAAGCAUUCGAGGUAGUCCGGCUGGGUGGAUGGAUAAAUGGGAGAAUGUCGACUGGCAAAGCCGGAAGGAAGAGUUGACAGGUUUUAAGCUCAGAGACUACAAGGAUGAGAAGGGAUCUGACAAGCUCGGAGGACAUGACUUUGAUAUUACUACGAUGACCGAGAUUGAAAGAUGGCGGCAUGAAGAUAAGUAA